CUGAGUAAUUAUAAAUUUAAGCCCACCAAGUCCUCACAAGAUGGGCGAUAUAUCAUACGAUUACCGUUGGAAAGUGAUUCUCCUGGGUGACUCAACGGUUGGAAAGUCAAAUAUCGCAGGUCAAUUCACCCAAAGCGAGUUUCAAGCUGAUUCUAAACCAACGAUUGGCGUAAAGCCCACCACCAAAAUCGUCCAAUGCAACUCCAAGGCCGUCAAAGUCAAUAUCUGGGACACCGCUGGCCUAGAGAAAUAUCGGGCCCCAGUACGAUAUUACGACGAUGCCGUGGCUGUGAUGUUGGUUUAUGAUAUAACCAGGCGCCAGAGUUUUGAGAAUGCGGCACGAUGGUUGGACGAGGUUCGAAAGCAUGGUGAACCUGGGAUUGUCAUCAUGCUCGUGGGAAAUAAAACAGACCUGGAGCGUAGAAGGUCUGUGACGACUGAAGAGGGGAAGAAGUUUGCGAAACUUAACAAACUUCUGUUUAUCGAAACAUCCGCUUGCGAAAACAGUCAAGUUGAACUUGCUUUUCAGACUAUUUUAAAGGGUACGGCUGAUUCCCUCUCAUACGCCUCAUGAAGACGGUUGCUGAUCACGUUGUUUGCACUAGGCGUCUACAAGCAGCAUUGCCAGGAGAAAUGAUAGUCUAAAUAACAUAAUAGGGUUUGAGUUCUCGGUUUCUCAUCUUUCUGUAUUAUUUGUAUUGUCAUAUUUCAAUAUCAAGACAUCGCGACCUUCGCGCUAUUUAAAA